CAAAGAGAAGAGAAACGAAAAUAAUAUUUCCGAAGAAGUAAAAAAGAAAGUAUAAAGUUCAAAAUUUGAGGGCAAUCGAUAGAUUUCGAUCGGCCCACCAACUACGUCUACACCACGGAUAAGAGUACAAACAAAGUAGGGUCACUCUCGCUCUUGCAGGUUCGAUUGUUGGUGCUGGCAGGUUUUCUAGUCGUCAACGGCAAUAGACGGCGGCGUUCUCUCUGGAAAGGCGAAAGUGCGAGUAGGAAGAAGUAAAAGACGAAGAAGAAGAAGAAGACGAAGAAGGAGACGAAGAAGACGAAGAAGGCGAAGAAGACGAAGAAGACGAAGAAGAAAAGUCGUCGAAAGUCGGCGAGGACGAAGGAGAAUGCUCCUCGUCGGCCGAGGUCGAAACGAUCGCCGUGAGCGAUAGUCGUUGCGAGUAGAGACGCGAGAAGGAUGGCCGAUCGUGACGAAGAGGAGGGAGAGGAGGAAGGGGAGAAGGAGGAGAACAAGAUGGUGAUGAGGAGACACGAGAGGAAGGAGAGGAAAGAGAAAAAGGAGCCAAAGGAGACCGACGAGUUUACCGACGAGAAUCUCAGGAUAUUCGAGACUCUUUGCAUCUCGUCCCCUCGCAAGUUGGACACAGGGGAUGCGAUGACUCACGACUUGACGACGACAUUGAGGAGCGAGCUGGCAGCUCUCGAAUACAAGCGAGACAGGCUGAUGUUCGAGCUGCAGGAGAUGAAGAACACCGUCAGAUCAAGGGACCAAAGGGUCGUAGAACUUCAGGUGGAAGCCGAUCAGUUAAGAGAACAAGCUGCCAGACAGAAUUCUAUCGUUUCCAGUCUCAAGAAACGCAUACAGGAAUUGGAAGAGCGAGAGAGAAAUCUUUACGCGAAUCAAGGAAGGAACGAGAUCACGAUACAAGGUCUACAACGAGAUGUCAAGUAUCACGAAGAGAAGGUCAGGGAAUGCGAGAAGAAGAUUCGACAGCUUGAACAUAAUUUAUCCGAGGAGAUACAGUUAAAAGAACGAGCGAGAUUAAAUCUUCAGGAUUUUGUGCGGCGACUGGCACAUGCACUGAACGUCGAGUACUGUGAAACAGCGCACCAUAGUCCGGAAGUCGUUAUCCACAAAGCGGAAGAAUUGGUGCAAGAAGUGAAUCGGUUGCGGAACAGGGGCACUACAAUCGAAACACAACUUAGCGGUAUCGAGAAUGAUUUUCGAAGUUGCAGAGACUCGCUAGAUCGCAUUACCACAGAAAAAGAACAACUCCAGAGGCAAGUGUCUACACAACUGGUCGAUUUGGAACGCUUACGGCAGGAGAAAGAAUGUCUAGAAAUGCAACAUAGAGUAGCCGAAAGAGAGAUGAACGAUUUGAGAGAUAAAUUAGUGAAUGCGAACAGAAGUAUAACGAGUGCUACAGGAAACAUAUCUAAUCAGGAAGCGCUGAUCUGCCAAUUACGAGACGAUUUGAAGAAUCGCGAGGAAAAGGAACAACGUUUGCAAACGGAACUAAGACAUUUGUUGGAAUCUUUAGCGAUUCUCUUGAGUACACCGAGUAGAUUCGUGGAGUCUCACGAAAAUGCGAUAAAGGAUCGGAUUAGAGAGAUCCUUGCAGAGAGCAAAGAUCAAGCAUUGAAAAUUCAAAACCUACGAGAGAAAGUGAACGCUGCCACGGAAUCUGCCAAUCGUCAAAGCGAAAUGCUUGAAACGAGUAUGAUGAAGAUGCGACAUUUGGAAGAGGAACGAUCGAGUCUCGAAGCGAAGAUACACAAAUUGGAGGCCGAAUUGACCAGCUGUGAACUAACCAAAGAGUCCUUGCGUAGGGACAAACAAACGUUUACGACGUUUCUCGAACGACUGGGAAAAGCUAUGCAAAUCGAGGAAAUUUCGGAGGACAUAGGGAUCGAACUACAAACUGAAUCCUUGCUUGUACGGGCGGAACAACUCGCCAGAUUAGAAACGGACAAAUUAGUGGACAAGACGUCUGUGGUUUAUCAAUUGCAACGACGCGUGAGAACUCUGCGGGAGCAAUUGCAAAGGCGAGAUCUUCACUUAGAUCUCCUGCGUAGAAAACUGUCUCUUCAGGAGGACAGCGUGAGAAUAAAGACGUUGUUGCAGAGCGAAAGGGACGAGGCGAAUCUCCGUGCGAAAAAGUUAACGAAGCAGGUCGAACGAUUGCAAUCACAAUUCUCGGAAGAAAAAUCGCGAAAUCGAGAGUUGAGUGCUCAAUUAACAGAAGCCGCUGAUUACAAGAUAGCGGCGUUAGAAAGGAGUAGGAAGAUAGAAGAGCUCCAGAAACGUCUCGUAGAAAGCGAGAUGUUGAGAACGCGUUAUACCAGAAAGCUGUCCAUGUUGAAAGAGCAAAUGAGAACGACGUCUGAGACGGCUGAGCAAGAAAGAUCUAUCAACGAUCAUUCUUUGCAGCUUCUUAGAGAUGAGUUGGCGCAAGUGAAGCAAAAUCUCACAGAGGUUACUAGAAGAGAAUCUCAGUUGCAGAGCUUCCGCGUCUCCAUAGUGAAAUUAUUGUCAGAGCCAAUCUGCACUCCCGAUUACGAGAUCAUUACGCGACUGCAGAAAAUGGUGGCAGCCCAUCGUGACUUCACCAUGCUCUCCCGUAGAUACGACGAACCGCUGGAAGCGAGUCCCUCAAGGUGCACAAGCAUUCAUCCGAUUCACUCGGUUCAUCCACCAAGGUCACCUGGCUCUCGAUGUACGCGUUACGAAGACAGCGGAUUUGCAGAUCCACCAGAUUUGCACGACAUCGAGGAGGAUUUUAACAAGAGACCCGUAAGGAGCAGCCUACUUCCGUGACGUCGGCCAAGAUUCAACGUUUGAACGGUUGUUCGCUUGAAUCAACGACGACAGCGUCUGAUCGCUGAUCUCCGUUUCUUAUUAGAUUUAUAUGCGGACGAAACGAUGCGUAAAGCGAACCGUUUACUUCGUCUAAACGGACGACUUCUACGGUCGCUUUCCUACAACUUGAAAGAACAUUUUUCUUGCACAUGAACAAAGUUACUCCACCACAUUCAUUGAAACGGUUCAUCUUUCGUGAUAACAAAUACCCAAUACGUUAGGAUAAAGUGUAAGUCAAAGAUCCAAUCUAAAAACAUAAAGUUGUAAAUUUUAACAAAUGAAAAUAAUUAAACGUUUAUACAUGUAUAUUAUUGUAUAUUUGUGGACAAAUGAUCAAAUCUAUGGCUGAUCAAUCUAUGGUGAUGAUGAUGAUGAUGAUGAUGAUGAUGAUGAUGACGAUGGUUAUUAUUGUUAUUAUUAUCUUUAUUCUCAUUAUUAUUAGAAAUAAUUUUGUAAACAAAAUUUUUAUAUGAGAAAUGAACCUUCAUUAUUUUUCUUUCCAAAAAUGUAAUGCAGUAUUUCGUAAUCACUUUUCCUACAGUUAUUAACGCGAAAGAUAAUCGAAUAAUAUGACUACGAGUAAUGAAAAAAAAUGUUAUUCGAUUAAAAUGUAGAAAUUGUUGUUCGAGGUUGAUCGAGAUAAUAUUCCGAGUAAUUAUUACUUAUAUAAGUUGAUGACUAAGCGAUCAUAAAUCGAUAUCAUUUCUUGGUUCAGCAACAUCAGAAGUCCAAGCAUUGACCGUGAUCGAAAUCGUUUUUACGAUCUGUAACGAUCAUUUGAUAUUAAACGAUUUUGUUGUAGCUUUCUAACAUUUUUUCUAUAAUAAUAAUUUUUUUUUAUAUAAUUAAUAAUCAACCUCUAUAGUUAAUUUGACAGUUUAAAAGAAAGCAUAUUUUUUAUUUUACAAAAAUUGCUACUGUUCCAAAUCUAUUCGAUCUUAUAUUAAUAUGAAAUAAAGGAAUAAGUUGUAAAACCCGUUUUCAAGUUACUUGCAUCGUGUCAUUUACAAACGAGUGUUUUACGAACUUUCGUCUAAUAUCUCCUUUUGAUACCGGAUUAAAUACAACUCUCACUUCGAGGAACUGGUUCGCAAAGGAGAAAUACGUUCAGAUCAUCGAAAAUUUUUAAAAAUCAUCGAAAGCAAAAAUUUCAAAGAGUUCAUUAAAUCACAACAUUACUCUUUGUUAUCUGUGUAAAUAAAAACAAGAACAAAAAAAUAUUUCAAAAAUGACAAUGGAAUGAAGAUGCUGAAAUUUUGUAAUAAAAAUCGCACUUACGACGCUCAAAACAUUAUUCUUAUGAAAAGGAUUAUUCAAAGUGUAAAUAAAACAAAAACCAAUAAGAAAGAAGCUAUAAAGUCAUGUCUCAAUAUUUUCAUCGAUCUAUCCUAAACAUUGUAAUGUCUGCGUGUGUUUUUUUUCUCCUUUCUUUUUUUUUUUUAAAUUUGUCAUAUCAAAGUUAUAAUUUUAAAUUAAAAUCUAUCACGAGAACUCAACUGUUAUAAAAGAGAUAUCGAUAUGUUUCUAAACGUUCGUCAAUCUCGAUCACGAUCGGCCGACAUCACCUAUUUAACUAACACACGACGCAGACCCACAUUUCUUUCAAGUUGUUUCUCGUACAACCGAUAAUUCGAAGCUCCACUUCCGUCGACACGGUUCCAAUUUCCAUGCGUGGUCCUACGCUGUAAAUGGGCGACCAUAAGCGGUGGCAAGUGGAUAUGAGCGUAACGGUAUAUAUUCGAAUAUCGUAAUUACUCAUCAAAGAUCGUCUUGCCAGAACUCGGAUCGUUAUGUAUAAUAUGUGUGUGUGUGCGUGUAUCUAUACGUAGACCACUCGAUUGCUCAUUCUUUUGUAUAAUGAGAUAAUGUUACGCUCUUUAUUGCACGCUCACUGUUCAUCACCGUUACAACACCGUUCGGAGGGCGGAUCGUUCUUUAACGAGUCUUUAAAAGGUCUCCCUUUUAAAAUACAAAUACUUAUAAAAAAGAUAAAAAAUGGGGUUCCAAAUGUUUCAAGCAUUUAAUAGAUACUUAGGA